UUUUUUUUUGCCUUCCAUCUUUUUAAAACAAGAAAAUGGAGCAUCACAUAGGAAAUCUUAAUCCUUGUACUGGGUCCAUGUGUCACAUCUGAUUUGUGUUGUACUAGUUCUCUAAGUACCAACUCAGACCAUCUCCUUGAUGCACACUCACGGCAUCAUGGCCAGUACUCAGGAGCGCCUGAGCUCGUCUUCCUCUCCAAACUCGAUCGGGAAAGCUUUCUGUGAAGAUAAAGACUUUAGUAGGUUACAUGAUGAACAUGCACCUACUGGAAACCACCUGUCCCCCGAGCUCAUAGAGGACGUGCGUGAGAAGGGCUUGCUGCAGGCAGACCUCAUUGAAAACAUGAGCAGCCCGGUCACUGCAGCAGUGCUGACCAGCAUCAGCGAGGACUCUAGGGACCAAUUUGAGAACAGUGUGCUGCAGCUGCGAGAGCAGGAUGAGUCUGAAACAGCCAUUCCUCAGGGCAACAGGAACACUAUGGAUGGAGAGAGCAACAGUGGAGCGGAUGAUGUUAAAGUCCAGUUCAACAGAUCGGGCAGUGGGAGCGGUGGGUUUCUUGAGGGACUUUUUGGUUGUCUGAGGCCUGUGUGGAACAUCAUAGGCAAGGCAUACUCCACAGACUACAAACUGCAACAGCAAGAUACCUGGGAGGUCCCAUUCGAGGAGAUCUCGGAGCUGCAGUGGCUGGGCAGUGGCGCGCAGGGAGCUGUCUUCCUGGGCAAAUUCCGGGCGGAGGAGGUGGCCAUCAAGAAAGUGAGAGAUCAGAACGAAACGGAUAUCAAGCACUUGCGGAAACUCAAACAUCCCAACAUCAUUGCAUUCAAGGGAGUUUGCACUCAAGCCCCAUGCUACUGUAUUAUCAUGGAGUACUGUGCACAUGGACAGCUCUACGAAGUUCUGCGAGCAGGGCGGAAAGUCACCCCUCGGCUGCUUGUGGAUUGGUCCACCGGGAUUGCAAGUGGGAUGAAUUAUCUGCACCUCCACAAAAUCAUCCAUCGAGACCUCAAGUCACCAAACGUUUUAGUUACACACACAGAUGCAGUAAAAAUUUCAGAUUUUGGUACGUCUAAAGAACUCAGUGAUAAAAGUACCAAGAUGUCUUUUGCGGGAACUGUGGCUUGGAUGGCCCCAGAGGUGAUACGCAAUGAGCCCGUCUCUGAAAAGGUGGAUAUCUGGUCGUUUGGGGUAGUUUUGUGGGAGCUGCUUACAGGAGAGAUUCCCUACAAGGACGUGGACUCUUCGGCCAUCAUUUGGGGAGUGGGCAGUAACAGCCUGCACCUUCCUGUCCCUUCCACGUGCCCAGAUGGCUUCAAAAUCCUCAUGAAGCAGACCUGGUAAGAGCCUGAACCCUGCACAGACCUACGGCUGGCUCCCAGCUCUUGCCAGAUGCCCAGUAAAACCGAUGAAACCAGAGUCAGG